ACCUGAUCGAUCAUUACCAGAGCCAAUCUCACUCUAGGCGGCCAAACAACGGUUUUCGUGAAAAGUCCGGAAACUUUUACCCAUAUCAGCCUUCCCAGUUUGCAGUGUACCCUGCGUCCCCCGAUCCAUAUGUUCGUGGGCAUGGAUUUGAAGUGUAUCCCCCUCCCCUCCCCCCUCCUCCAUCGCGUGUGGCGCUCCCCGCACCACGUGUAGUGACGUCAUACUCCGAGACGCUGCAGACGCCGUGUAUGAGAAAUUCAAAGGUACAGUCAAAACCAAAAGUGUUGCCCAGUUUUCACAGUGUAGUGCCGCAGAGUGUCCCAGAACAAAGUAAGUCCAGUGUUACUUCUGAUCCUUGUAUGAAAAAUUCUACAGUCAAGAAAUAUGAGAAUUUUGACUUGCAUUCCAUGCCUAAAGAUGGUGAUUGCUUUUAUUCUGCUGUUAGUUUUGCCUUGUUUCGUUCUUUAAAUGGUUCUUUUGCAUUAAGACAGAUAGUCCAAAAUUACAUUUUCCAAUAUUGGAAAUUUUUCAGUAAAUUUACCACUUUGUCAAAGUUUCAGUUUCUUUCACAGCAUGUCAAACCAGGUGUGUUUGCCACCUCCAUACAAGUCCAGGCAGCAUCGUCCUGUCUUGGCAUUCCUAUUUUUGUCCAUACCCCUUCUGGGAUUUUAACUUUCAAUCCUUUCAAGCUUGCUCCAUAUUCUGGAGGUCCAUCUGAGAUUCACCUUAAAUUUACUCCUCCGUAUGACUCUGGUCAUUUUGAUUGUUUAUUGCCCUCUAAUGUAUCAACAUCUUCUUGGCAUUUGAAUGUGGUUCAAGAUAAUCCUGUUGAACUCAGUACGAAAAGCGGUAAUCAGUGGUUUGAAGUCGGUCGGAAAGGAAAGAAGAUCCCGAUUGCAGAUCCUGUUGUAAAGUGUGACGUCACAGUUCCACCCCCUUCUCCUGUUCUAGCCCCUGUUCCAGCCCCUGUUCCCAUUCCUGUUGCAGCCCCUGUGCAUCUUAAUCCCCUUGCAGCCCCUUUUGUUCCAGAGAAAGUUGCUUCAUGUUCUAAGAAAGUUGAAUUAGUUAAUUUAAUGUACAUUGAUUAUAAAUUAUUUCCUGUGACUGUUUAUGUCGAUGGUCUCAAAUUACGCGGUCAUUUGGAUACCGCUGCUUCUCGUUCCAUUAUCCACUCUAAAUUUUGCACGGAUAGAAGUGCCCUAAAGCCAACUGAUAUGCUUAUUCAAGUAGCUAAUAAUAAUAUAAUGCAGUGUGAUGGUGUGUACAACCCAUCUCUUCGUUUUGGUUCUGAUUUCACUCUCAAUCACCCUUUGUUGGUUGCAGAGAUAAGUGUUGAUCUAAUUUUGGGUGAUGAUUUUCUCAGUAAGGUUAAAGCAAAUUUAUCUUAUGGUUCUCAUGAAGCUGUUUUCCAUUUCCGUGGUAAAUCUGUUACUGUUGUCCGAUUGGCUGUUCUUCCCAAACACUUUGCUCCCCCUCUCCUUUCCCCUCCCCCUCCUUGUCAUUUUGAUGAGUGUACUCGCCUCUCUCUGAUUAAUGUGCCUGAAGCACAUACUUCCAAUAUCCAGGUAUUCUCUUCCCCUAAAGUAGUUACUUUGGCUCCUCAAACUUUCACUACAGUUCCAGUUUAUGUCAAUUUUCCUUCUAAAGUUUUACCCGCUGUUUUAACUCCCAAAACAAUUCUUGGCGUUGAUUAUCUUUACACAGUUGAGUGUUUUCUUUCCGAUACAAUGUCCGUUCCAGUUUUCAAUGGUUCAGACGACCCAAUAGAGUUACCCCCUUCCACUAAACUUGGUUCCAUUUGUUUUGAGGACAGAAAUUUAUCCAGUAAUGAUAUCUCUCGUUUCGAUUUAAAUUCUUUAAUUCAUAAUCUUUCUAAUGGUUGCCUUGAUCUAACUCCUGAACAAGUUCAAUGUGUUGAACAGUGUAGUGUUGCCAAAGAGGACGACCGUCCUGCCCUUCCUUCUGUUUCCGGUUGUAAUCUGUCUAAAGAUGAAAAAUUGCAAGUCCGUUCAGUUCUAGAGAAAUAUAGAGAUGUUUUCGGGUAUAAACUGAAGCCUGGUUCCUUUGUUCCCAAUAUCUUUGCAAAUCUUGAAUUAAAAGAGUCUGGUAAUUAUUUUAAAAAGAAUUGGCCGUGGAGUUUGGAGCAGCAGAAAUUAGCCGAAAUACAGGUGCAAAAGCUACUUAAUGAGGGAGUUAUAACUGAGUCUUUUACUAAUAAUUUUUUGCCUGUUUUUAUUAUUUUGAAACGUGGUUCCACUGUAGAAAAUCCUGUUGGUCGUUUGCUUCUUGAUGCUCGUGCUCUUAACAGGAAACUUCAUGAAUAUAAAUUUAAACAGACUACUAUUGAUGAGUGUUUGCAAUAUUGUGCUGAUAAGAAAUAUUUGUCCGUUGGUGAUGUUGUAAGUUACUUCCAUACAAUUCGUUUAACCCCUGAAUCCACAGAUUUACUAGGUUUCCAAGUAGGCCAGCGACGUUAUAAAUUUCUUCGCCUUCCCUUUGGUUUAAAAACUUCCCCUCAAAUUGCUCAAGCCACAAUGGCUUCUGUUUUGCAAGGUUUGGACGUGAAACAUUAUGUUGAUGAUAUUGUUAUGGGUGGUAAGACUUUUGAUGAAGCCCUGUCUGUGUUUGAAUCAGUGUUAAAGCGUUUCAGAUCUAAUAAUCUUUUGAUGAGACCUGAUAAAACUGAGUUAUUUCAAAAGUCCAUUUCUUUAUUAGGUAUGAAAGUUGCUGGUGGUUCCAGUGUUAGUCCAGAUCCAAGCAGAUUUCGCCCUUUACUUUCAUUAGAUAACCCUAAAACACCUAAACAAGUUAAGUCUUCCAUUUGUUUUCUUUCUUAUUUCCGUCGUUUUAUUCCCAAUUUUGCAUUAAAAACUAAACACAUGAAUGAAAUUGCUUGUGAGAAAGUCCCUUUCUCUUGGUCCGAAGCUGACAGACAGAUGAUUCAAGAUAUGUAUAAUCAUUUGCUUAAACAUGCUACAUUGAGUCUUUUUAACCCUGCCUUAAAAACUAAGUUACAUGUUGAUGGUUCUAAAGUUGGUAUUGGUGGUUUCUUGUCUCAAGCUAAAAAUAAAUACUUUUUACCGGUUGGAUUUUUCUCUAAGGAUUUAAAAGUUUCUCAAAGAACGUGGAGUGCUUAUCAUAUUGAAUGUUUGGCUUUGUAUGAAUGUGUUCGUUAUUUUGAAAAAGAGUUACUACUUCUAGAAAAAUUUACUGUUGUUACUGAUGCUAGUUCUCUAAAGUAUUUACUUCAAAUGCAAGCUCCUAAAGCGCCCUUUGACAAAUUUAUUGCAUAUUUAUCUAAAUUUUCGUUUGAUUACGAAUUGGUUCCUUCCGAAAGAAAUAAAAUUCCUGAUGCUCUUUCUCGGUUGCCCCAGCCCCCAGCCGGUUGUGAUGUUGUUUUGCCUCCAAAUUUAACAACUUAUUUUACUCCAGUUCAGAAUAAUAAAUCUUCAGGUGCGAGUGUGUUCCGUACAGCCUCGUGCUCAUUUAACGAUUAUCUUCCUUCUGUUUCUCUACCUAAUAAUCAUCUCCUACAGGUUCAAACUCGAGCUAUGAAGAAAUUAACUGACAGUGCUGCCAACCCACCUCCUGAUACUUCCAGUGUUACCAACCGCUUUGUUUCUUCGGUGGUUCCCCCUGCUUUGCCCCCUUCCCCCUCUCCCCAUCCUACUUAUGAUUGUGGUCGUGUUUCGCCCUCUCAUAUUUUCUCGGAUCCCACUCUCUGUUUUCCUAGCAGAAAUCCUCAUGCUAUACUUGACUACCCUAAUACUAAUCACUAUCUUUUUGAUCCGAAGUUAGAGCCUAUCUCUUCUGAUACAGGUCAGUUUGAAUUUUUGAGUAAUGAUUUUCCAUGUGUAGUUUCCUACGACAGUAAGAAUUAUGCAUCCAUUUCUGAUGCUUUAAACGAUCUUAAUAUUCAGUUUGGUGUUGGAUGGAAAGAAGAAUAUCUUGACGUCCUAGAUAAAUUGCUUAUUUCCAAAUUUUCCUAUAAUUCUGCUUUGAAAACUUUGUUGCUUUCUACUGGGAUGCGUCCCAUAUUUUUACCUGCUCAAAAUAGUUAUGAGUUUCCUAUUUAUUUUAGUCUUCAAUUAAUGCAGAUACGUCAGUUACUACGUAAAGGAAAAGUACAAGUUACCAAUCCAAACUCUAAAAAUUCUAAAGUCGUUUCUAAUAAAGCUCAGCCUAAUGUUUCUGCUGUCCCGAACGUAACCGUUCAGGAACCUUCUGUUUCUCUUUCCUCUGCGUCUAAUCAAGAUGAAAUUCCUCCUCAAGGUUCUUCUGUUCCCUCUGAUUCCAUUUCUGAAGAAGUUUUCAAUGAAUUGUGGGACCCAAAUGAACCCACUAUUUCUGAUUUUGUUGGUUGUUAUACUUUUCUAAAUAAUUCUUUUCCUUGCGUCAUUACUGUUCAUGAUAACACUUAUAUGUCCGUUGAUCAUGCUUUUGAAUCAUUAAAAGCCACUAAUGAGGAAGAUCAUAAUUAUGUUGCUUCUGCUCCUACUGCUUCUAUAGCUAAACUUCGUGGGUCUGAGAUCGUGUCUCGUCCAGACUUUGACGAUGAAAAGCUCUCAAUUAUGCAGAAUUUGGUUUAUCUUAAAUUUCUCCAAAAUCACGAUCUUGCAAUUUUAUUAUUGGAUACUGGUUUAAAAUUUUUGGCAUUUAAUAAUAAUGAUCAUGAUACUACUUUUGGCUAUUGUUUGUGUGGACAGUGUCCUGAUGGCCUUAAUUUGUUUGGUGCCUUUCUUAUGCAAAUAAGAGCUAAACUUCGGUCUGGUUUAAAAAGUUCUAGUGUCAAUCCUUUGGAUUUAGAUUUACAACUUUUCAAUAGUCUUCCAAUUCAUAAAACUUUCAUAAAGUAUCAAUGUGAAGAUCCAGUUUUAAGCAAGUUGUAUAAUAGAGUUCUGCAACAGCAAUUAAUGGCAGAUGACAAGUUAAAUCAUGUUCCCAAAUUUAAAAUUUCUAGAGGUCUGUUAGUUACAAAUACAAAGGUCGAACGUACAGUUGUGCCUUCAAAGUUGGUUCCGUUUGUUUUGAAUGAAUUCCACGAUUUGUGUAUGCAUUCAGGUAUACGAAUCAUGCUUAAUUCAAUUUCUAAAUUUUAUUUCUGGACCAACAUGUAUAAAGAUAUAGAAACUUAUGUAAAGUCCUGUUUGACGUGCGGAGAGUUCAAAGCUUCUAAUCAAAAUUUGGUUUACUCCAUCCUCGCUUAGCCAAUAAUAUUUUCACUGAUGUUAUGAUAGAUUACUGUCAUGUCUUUACUAAUGGCGUCCGUGGUUAUUCUGAAUGUUUGAUAGUUGUUGAUCUAUUUUCUAAUUUCUGUUCCUUAUUUCCUUGUAAAAGUACCAAAACAAUUGAGUUAAUACAACAUUUAGAAACAGUAUUUGCUGAAUGGGGUGUUCCUAGUACAGUGUAUUCUGAUGCGUGUUCUGCUACAAAGAGUGUUCAAUUCACUGAUUUUGCUAAAAAGUGUAACUUUAAACUUCAACGUGCAGCUAGUGGUGCUCAUUUUUCUGUUGGUGCAGUAGAAAGUCAAGUGAAAAGAUUUUCCAGUACACUUAAGUUUUUGAUCAAUGGUAAACUUAGUAAUAAAAAGCAAUGGCAUAUAUUCCUUCCAUAUGUUAAAUUCCAUAUGAAUAAUUCCCCCUUGGCUGAAUCAAAGUUAUCUCCUAAUGAGAUUGUUUAUGGCAAACGUUUAAGUACUCCUUUCAUGAACAAAUCACUGUUGCCACAAAAGUUGUCUGUGUUACGUAGACUUAAAGUUUUGGAAAACAUCAGAGAAGCUGCUAAAGGUAUCAAGAAAAAAGUGCGAGACAAUUUCAAGAAAGUGUAUGAUAAAAACAGAAAAAGUGUCAAAUUUGUGAAAAAUGAACAAGUUUUAGUGUGGUUUGAAAGAAAAGCUUCGAAGAAGAAUCCCAUAAAGUUGCAGAAGAGAUUCCGUGUUGGUAAGAUUGUGAAGCAAGUGUCUGAUAUUUUGUACGUAGUUAAUUUUGGUAAACAAAAUGGUAAAUCUUGGAAUAGAUUGUGUCAUGUUGCCCACCUUAAGAAGUUAAUCAAAAGACCUAAUAGACUUAAAUUGAAUCCAGACUUUGUUUUCUAUUUGCAAGAUGUACAGUAAAUUCUUUUGUCUUAAUCUCAUUUUUCCUUGUCUGAAGUCUCUGGAUUGUGUCUCAGUAUUUUUGUAAUGUUUUGUUUUUACAUCCAUACGGAAGUGCAAUCGCAUUAUUUUAAUUGAUGUGUCAAUCAUUUUAGUUUUAAGUUAGUUUUAAUUGGCCAACCUAGAUUAGUAUAUUAGCAUAAGUUUAGUUUAAGAGAUCGACCAUUAAUUAAAGUUUUAUAGGUAUCAUUAGGUUAAAGUUAAUGCAUUAACGAACUGUCUUAUCUUGUCUUCGCUAUCUCAUUCUUUUGUCUUUGUUUUUUACAUUAAAUCUUGCAUCUAGUUAUCAAUGUUUUGAGUUUAAUGGAGUUUGUUUUGUAUUUUGUGUCAAAUUUGCAAAAAGAUCGACUUAUUUUCUUUUCUCUUAUGAACUACUAAUGUUCGACAAUUGAUUCUUUCAUUUUUUCCUUGAAGUGUGUGUGUGUGUGUCUUUAUGAGCUGAAGUUUUCAUUUAUUUCCUACUUAUUUUCUUUCCUUUUGAAGUGUGUUGUGAGAAAUGUGUUUCCAGUCAGUUGAGUUCGACUUUUUAUUGAUUUUCUAUUUUUGAUGUGAAGAAGUUAUUUAUUUUUUCCUGGUGUAUUUUCAAUGAGUUUGUUUUUGGAGAGUAAUUUUGAAGAGUGAAAUAUUUUAUCGUCAAUUUAUUCUAUAUGCAAGCAAUGUUUUAUCUUUUGAUGCGAAGGUACGUGUUGUUGAGGGUUUACAUGUUGUCACGGUUCGGAUUCAGAUUGCAUUUCGUAGUUACAGUGUCAUAAAUAGCGGAUUCUUUGUGUGUCUGAAGUCACACAUCAUAAGACUCGCCUGUCUAUUACUACCACAGCGUUCGCGCAUGUUGGUGUAGUAUGGCUUGUCCAAACUUUGCCGAUAGGACUUAAUACCUGGCAAGUUGAAGGCAUCUCAGUGAAAAGUUGUAACUGAUUGAAUUGCCCCAAAAAAAUAAAUGUACAACAACAAUAACAAACAAUACUAAAAAAGGAAAAUACAACUUAAAAUUGAAGUGCUAUGGAUACAGUAACAUUAAAACGAGGUGUAACUGUCUUUGUCCGUGUCAGCUGUGAAUUUUUACCAACAUUGUGCUCUGUUUUCUUCAUUUUCUUUCACAAACAAAGUUUAAUUCCAUUUCUUGUAUCGUCUUGUGAUCUCAAAUUUCUAUGUGAUGUGCUAUUUUUGUCUGAAGAACAUGUAAUAUUUCCCAAUGUUUAA